UGUGGGUGAAUAUUUUUCGGAGGAUUGUCAUUUUUUAAAAGCGUUGUAUCUUUCGAAUGUAGUCAAUCUAUAACCUUGUAGUCGGGAACGUUUAAGCUGCCAGGUACCCACUUCAUUUAGAGGUUAUAUUUACAAAAAGGUUAAAUAGAAAAACAAAAGCGGACGACGAGACUAUUGUGGAACAUCUAAAAUGAUGCCAUAGAGUAGUUACAUUAAUCAGGGUUCCCAUUGUCACGGUCUACAUUGUAAUUAUCGCCUUUUUUGUUGUGGUGUAAUGGGAAUAAAUUUUUUUGUUGUGGUGUCAUAGGAACGUCAGUCGUCAUUUGUAUUCGCCUAAAUAGCGCAGUAAUCGAAAUAGAAUCAGUCUUUAAUAAACUGGGUAUUUCUGCUUGCAUUUAGUUUGUGAAAGUCGGCUAAGCUAGAAGAUAGAACUCGUCCGUAUUACCACGACAGUGAUUCAAGUCCCAAGGUUUCCUGAUACACAAAGUAGAUUAUGUCAUAAGAAAUUACUCACGAAAAUUGUAACAGAAGUUAGAAUGAAAGAAAUAAAGAACUGGCUGUCUCUAUUCACUGCCGUAAUUGAAACAUUAUGUUUUAGCGGGAUAAUUUACGGAUGGGGCUCCAUGAGUUAUAUGCUGGAAAAAGAAGGGUUCUUUAAUUUGUUCUGUAGGGAUUUCGUCGGUUAUGCCAACAAUACCAUUUCGUCAGGAUUACAAGGGCAUGCAGGAGUGGUAUGUAAAGAGCAAGAGAAAAUGCUAACUUUAGUUUUCACGCUGUCCGCUUUCAUUUCGGCCCUUAUGUUUGUUUGGGGUUAUAUUUUUGAUAAACUUGGUACUUCGGCGUUUCGAUUUUGUGGAGUUUCUUUAUACAUUGCCGGGUGGUUACUCAUGGCGGUCACGACCAGAAAGGAAUCUUUGGCUGUAUUUCUCGCUAUGAUAUUUGUCGGGAUCUCAGUUUUUCCUGUUCUCAUGUCGAACGUUCCUGUUUCUAAUUUAUUCCCAAAAAAUCGGGUUUUGAUGAUCGCCGUUUUGAACGGCGCGUUCGAUUCUUCUGCAUUAACUUUCGCUUUGAUGAAAAUUUCUUACGACAGUGGCAUUGCCUUCUGUUAUAUUAUGUACUUCGCGGCUGUCUGUGGUUUGUUGAUGGUCGCACGAUUCUUGUUUCUUAUGCCGCGAAUGCAUAUACCAUCUACUGUACCAGAUGGUUUCCAGUACGGUAUACAAUGCUGCUCAAACAAACAGCAAGUAGUUACUCAAGAAAAAGUUAUGCUAUAUGAAAAACUUAUAGACGAAGCACCGAAGAAUACUGCGUUCUGCAGUUACGCAAUCAAUUCUUUUAUGGGACAAUUAUGCCUUGGUUAGUGCAAGUUGGUCACGGAAAUCGAAAUGAAACCAGCUCCUAUUUAAACUCAUUUGGUGUUAUCCAGUUGUGCGGCAUUUUAGUAUCUCCGAUAGGAGGUAUUCUCACUGACUUUCGUAUCAAAAAACUCUCCCGUAAAUUUACUGUUGAAUCAGCUACUAGGAAAUCUGUUGCCAUUUAUACUGGCCUAAGCAGUGUUAUAGCUAUUCUGUUCUCCAUAAUGGUCUUAGUACCCGUUUUGCGUUUACAGUAUUUGAGUUUUCUCUUGCAAGUUGUAUUUCGGUCAUUUUUGUAUGGAGGCAAUGCGGCCUUUUUGCUUACAACGUUUCCAAGUGAACACUUUGGAAAGGUAUAUAGCAUUACCGUUACAUUCGGUUCUAUUAUCGCACUUCUGCAAUAUCCACUCUUUUUAGCGGUUACAAAUAUAUACGGCGGGGACUUCACUGCUAUCAACCUUGCUCUGUUGGUAAUAUCAGUUGCAACAAUAGUUCAUCCUAUAGUUUUAUAUGUAAGACCAGUUUUGGCAACAGAACAUGAAAAAUAAAAAUGAUGGCAUUGUUUGCCGACCUAGAACGUUACACUACCUGAAUACAAAUAGCCAUUUAGAUAAUUGGACGAUUUUCAUAUUGCGUGUUUGAUUGCAAAAUGUUCACCUUAUAAACCAUAACGAUUUCCUUUUAAUUACAUGUUUGGUUUGUGUUGUAUUUCUCUCACAUUGCUGAUGUGUUAUGUGUAUAAGCGCUUGAUUAAACAUUGAACACAUGUACU